AUGCUAGAUAAGUACGAUGUUCGUGAAAAUAAAUGGCUAAUUGAUCUAUUUAAAUUGAAGGGAAAAUGGGCCCAAGCAUAUGUUAAGAGAACUUUCACUGCAGGAAUGAAGACAACCCAACUUAGUGAGAGUUUAAAUGCUGACUUGAAGGAUUUUUUGUGUACUGAUCUUAAUAUAGUAGAGUUUUUCACUCAUUUUGAAACAGUUGUCAAUCAAAAGCGGGAUAAGGAGUUAGAAGUAGAAUACAACUCUAGACAGAAAUUUCCAAGAUUGAAGCUCAAAAGCUCUCCUAUGCUUAACCAAGUAGCAAUAGUGUACACGCCUAAGUUGUUUGAUUUAUUUCAAACAGAAGUUGAAGAGGUAAUGGCACUUUCCAUCCUAGAAUGCAAUGUGAGUCAAACACAUAGUUAUGUGGUUGGAGUUUUCAAUCAAAAUGGAAAAUAUGAGGUCAUGUGGAAUCCAUUAGAUGAGACUCUAUCUUGUAGUUGCAAAAAGUUUGAUUCAUUUGGUAUUUUAUGUAGGCAUCGUUUGAAAGUUCUUGAUGUAUUGGAUAUCAAGUUGAUUCCUAAUAGAUAUAUCAUGAAGAGGUGGAGAAGAGAUGCAAAAGAUGGAAGCGGAAAAAAUUGCACAACACAUAACAUUAAUCCGGAUACUCGACUGGAAUAUGUAGAUCGGUAUCGAGAUUUAUGUCCAAAAUAUAUUCAAUUGGUGAAUAAGUCAGCUUCUAUAAGUUCUGCAUUACAUCAGGGAGGCUCAUCAGCAAGUGUUGCAUUAGCAUCACAUUUAGAGAGUAUAUCAAGUGUUGUAGACUCCAACGACAAAAUUAAUGGUGCAGGAGGUCUCUUGACUCAAGAAAGUGUUGCAAGUAGAGGUCCCUUGACUCAAGGAAGUGUUACAAGUGGAUGGAAUGGGAUGAUUGUAAUUUCUGCAUAA